AUGAGUUCAGUCGCGAAGCCCGCUGUUGUGUCUACACAGCGAGACACGAUCGCGACGCUCGAUUCGUUCCUUCGCUGGCACCUCCACGGCGCUGGCUUCAGCCACGUCUACCUCUACUUUGACGCGCCGGAGACCGAGCCGGACGCGCUUGCGCUCGCACGCGACGAGCGGUGGGGCGGCCGCGUCACCGUUUUUGCUGCUGACGCUGCCUUCCGCCAGCGAGAGGGCUACUCAGCUCUGCCGUCCUUUGACGAGCUCGCACCGAGCGUGGAGACGCACGUGCAGUCGCGUCAGCGGCUCAACUGCGAGCACUGCCUGCGGGCGUGCGCCUCUGCGGGCGUGGACUGGCUGCUGCACGUCGACAGCGACGAGCUGUUUGUGCCGGCGGCGGGGGAGCGCGCGCCGGCUCACUUUGGCCGUUUAUCUGCCCGCGGCUGCUGGCAGUUCACCUACCGCAACCUCGAGGCGGUGCCGACCGCUGCGGCGGCGGAGGGCGGCGACUGCUUUGCGCUCGUCGACCACUUCAAGCAGCACGAGGGCUCGCUGCCGGCGGCCGCGCUGGACGGGACGAGCGGCGCGGCGAAGGCGGCGCUGCAGCACUGGCUCGACCGGUCAGUGGCUCGGCUGGGCCGGCCUGCCUGGUACCUCUUCUACUCGAACGGCAAGUCGGCCGUGCGAGUCUCGUCGGCGGGACAGUGCAGCGGCGUGCACGGGUGGGCGAGCGGCGGCGCGGAGGAGUCCACACACCGUGCUGGCGGGGGGUGGCUGACGAACCUGCUGAGGCGGCCGCCGCAGCCCUCCUCCUCGCGCCUCCUCGUCGAGGAAGAGGGGGCCGUGGUGCUGCACUACGCCUGCUGCACGCGAGUGGGCUUCGCGUCCAAGGACUGGCGCGCGCUCGGCUACCUCGACGGCGUGGGAACCUCGUGGGCACGCCGGUGGCAGCGGAUGCGCGACAAGGAGGAGAGGACGGGGAGGCUGGGCGAGGGCAGCUUGGGCGAGGGCAGCUUGGGCGAGGGAAGCCUGGGCGAGGAGCACCGCGCUCUGGUCGGUCUCGCUGACUCGGAGCUGCUCGAGCGCCACGUCGAGGCGGGCGUGCUCGUAAAGGACAGCCGGGCACACGCAAGGCGCGAGCUGCGGCGGCUCCGCUGGUCCGAGGCGGGCAGCUGUUCCUAG